AUGGCAUCCGGCAAGGCCUCUGAGCUCCAGAGUGUGAUCGCUUUGAUCAAGACCCUAACAAAUGCGCAAUUAAAAGAUAUAUUGAGAGUUGAGGGGUUAGCGGUAUCGGGUGUCAAAGCCUCACUUCAAAUGCGAAUCAUCAACUAUCUUGAGCAACUCUCCCAAUCAGGCCAUCUGGAAAGCUAUGAUAGCCUCAGAAAGUUCAUAUAUGCUACUGCACACCGUUCAUUACCUCAAUCUCCGUCGGUACCACCACCAGUGGCAGGGCACCACUAUCAACAAUCUCCAACCAACCAAGUACUACAUUCGCAUCACAGGCCAUCACCUAUAGGCAUGCCUAUGUCCUCGCAAGGGUCUGCAUCCGGGCCCCUAAACUUCAAGGACAGUCCAUUUUAUAGGGUAAUUAAGCAACUCACACCGACUGUAGAAUGCAAAGCACGUGAACACACCAGGGACAGCGUAGAGCUCAAGAUUCUUCUCGACACAGAUAUAGCUUCCAGAUUACUAGCAGAUUCUAAGCUACGAGUUAUGGUGUUUUGUGCUGCAGACACUGGUCUCAACCAGUUUACGAAAUCGGAUAUCACGUUCCCUCAUCAAGUUGAACUUAAAGCGAAUCUCGAUGAGGUGAAAGCUAAUCUUAGGGGUCUUAAGAAUAAACCGGGUACAACAAGACCGGCGGAUAUAACAAAUUAUAUUCGAAAAAAGGCGGGAUAUACAAAUCAUGUUGUGAUGACUUAUGCUUUGACUCACAAGAGGUUUUUUAUUCUUGCCAACCUGGUUGAGUGCACACCAAUUGAAGAGCUUGUGAGUAAGCUGAAGCGAAGGAAGACAAUCACAAAGGAGCAAGUGCUCCAAGAAAUGAAAAGUAAGGCCGAAGAUGCGGAUAUUGUUGCAACGUCGACUGUUAUGUCAUUGAAAUGUCCCCUCUCUACUCAGAGAAUAGAGGUGCCUUGCCGCUCUGUGUUAUGCACGCAUAACCAGUGUUUUGACGCAUCCUCAUUUCUCCAACUACAAGAACAAGCGCCAACAUGGACGUGUCCGGUUUGCGCAAAGGCAACGAGCUACGAGUCCCUAAACGUUGACCAAUACGUUGACGAUAUACUCCACUCAACACCGCUGGACGUUGAGCAGGUCAUUAUAGAACCAGAUGGCCAAUGGUCAAAUCCUGGGGAAGAAGAGGGUACGGCAGGACCUGGCAGCGUUACGCCUGCGACGGAUGAUGACGACUUAAUCGAGAUAAGAGAGCCUGGGGUCACACCAGUAAAGCAGGAACUCCCCCCUGUCUUGGGCCUAUUACAACAGACACCCUCCCAACCCCGAGAACAGUCCUCCACAUGGUCGACUAAUAAACGACCAGCUCCCGUAAUCGAUCUUACGGGGAGCGACGACGAUGGUUACGAUUCCCCAGUAAGGCCAUCUAAGAGACAAGCCGUCAAUAUGCCUCGGCCGUUACCUCGACAGGAUUCUCGAAAUUCAUAUAGGAGCCCCUAUUCUCUCCCGACGUUUGCGUCGGACUGA